GAGCACCUAACAACAGCGUACGUAGGGGACAUGAGCGCACGGCUUGCAGACUUUGAAGCCUUGUUCUAUUCACUAUACCCGAUAUGUAUGUGUCGUAAAUGUGCGUUAAUUUGUAAGAAUGAUGGAAAAACUAGAUGCGUAUGAUCCAUACAGACGACCAGCGCGAAGAACACAAUGGAUAGUAAGCACUUUGGCGUACCACUAUGGUUUGGAUCGUGGAGUGGAGAAUGAAAUUAUUGUUCUGGCUACAGGGUUAGACCAGUAUUUGCAAGAGAUUUUUCAUCAUAUGGACUGUCAGGGGGAUGGCAAAAUUCCCGUAGAGGACUUUCAGGUAUUGUGUGAAAUUUUGGGACUUAAAGACACGGACUUGGAAGAGUGCGCAGGAUUAUUGGAUAAUCUACCCAAGGAAUUGACUUUUAGACAGUUUCACGCAAAGCUGUGUGGAUAUUUUAGCACUAAAGCAGGCUGCCAGUACGAGAAUGGACGGCUGCUGGUGGGUAAAGACAGCGAGCACAUUGAAACGCAGAUCCGUCUACGGAGCCCCUUACGGCGGAGAGAGAGGUCGCUGUCCACGGGCAUCAAUGGGAGAGGGAGCAGGGGCUCGUCGCCGGCUUUGAACCGCCGCGCUGCCAUGUGCAAACAAGGCGCUUGCACUAGGGAAUGUUACGAAGAGAUUGUGGCGCUGGAGGAGGCUGAGGACAGAGUAGCCAAACUCGAGGAAGAAAACGCAAGUUUGAGAGAGCUGGUGGAGGACAUGCGCGCUGCUCUGCAAAGCAGCGAUGCUCGCUCGCUGGCUCUGCAGGUCGGUCUGUGGAAGAGUCAUGCGAAGCACAGGCCUGAAUCAGGGUGUUUCGUCGCCCAUCAGAAGCUAGUGGCCCAGAGGUCCGCCACAGCCACCUCCAGCUCCAGCUCCAUCUCCAUGUCCAGCACCAGCCCCAGGAACCUGCAGAGCUACCUGCAGCGGGAGAUGGAGCUUCUGCGCAGCUCGCGGGACGCCCAGGUGGAGGAGGCCAUGCUCUUCAACCAGAAGCUGGAGAAGGAGCUGUCGCGCUCCCGCGAGGCCGCCGGCCUGCUGGAGGAGUGCAACAGGACGCUGAAGAGGGAGCAGCAGGAAAUGCGGAAGAAGGUGGAGGAGGCCCGGCAGGCGGUCAUCACCGGCCUGGCCAAGGUCAAGGAGCUGGAGGCCAAAGCCAGACGCGUGCCCGUGCUGCAGCAGCACGUCCAGCAGCUGGAGAUGGAGCUGCUGUAUUACAGGUCGGAGGUGUCCAAAGUCAGUGUGCCUUUCAGCGAGGCUGCAGAUCAGCAGUUCAGGGAGGACAGGAGGUGCUGUCUGGACACCCGGCAGACGCGUCACUCACCCACAGGCCAUGCGGAAACCUCCCCGGAUAACAUGGAGGAGCAGCUGUUCCGCUCGGUGGAGGGCCAGGCGGCGUCGGAUGAGGAGGAGGAGCGCUGGACGGGGGAGCAGCAGAAGCAGGUAGACGAGGUCAAGAGGAUCCUCGCCAGGCUCUCCUGCUGCGGAGACAGGUGUGACGAGAAGGCAGUGAAGAGGCUGCUGUCCCAUUUCGGCAGCGAGUCGCGCGGCGAGGAGAGCCGGAGCGCGGUGUUGGAACUCCUGGAGAAGGUGACACGCCUCAACAAGCAGCUGGAGGUCAGGGAGAGCCAGGCCCGAAGGAGCGACACACACAUGGACCAGGUGAAGGAUGCACUGGUACAGGAGCUGCAGCAGAAGGCGGAGGAGACGGAGCUGCUCCACAUCGAGCUGCAGAUGCUGGAGACGGAGCGCGUACGCCUCUCCCUCGUGGAGGACAAGCUGGUCGACGUGCUGCAGCUACUGCAACAGCUCCGAGACCUGAAUGUCUCCAGGAGGUCUUUGGGAAAGAUUCUUCUGAGUACGCUGGAGUCAUGCAGUGACCCACAACACGGGAAGGCUCAUAUCCUGGAGGUACUAAAUGCCCUGUACCACGAACUGGCGGCGUGUGAGGUUCUCUCCAGCAGUGGCAGCACUGUGGAACGGAGUCAGUCACUCUCAAACCCACUCCUCAUCUCCUGCUGAUGCACACUGCCACCCUGUGGAGAGCUGGUGGAAGUACAGACACUCUAAUAAUGUUGUUUCGGACUGCCUUCAUCCAAGCAGCUGGGAAUCCGGUAACCCGACAACGCACUGCCCAUUGAAAUGAAUGGGACAGGGAAAUGUGGUGUGUGCUUACAUGGAAACAAGUCCAACAGGCGGACAAAGAUGCGUCCGUCUAUGCACUCGGCCGCCUUGUGGACACAGGAGGGAAUGACAAUUUAAGGAAUGCGUUUCAGACGACCGACAGACCGACGGAUGGACAUACCCUCUUAUAGAGAUGCUAGGACGCAUCUAAAAAAGGGCACAAAACAUGAUGACAGUCUGGAUUUAAUUGGAUUUCCAUGCUAUUAAACAUAAUCAUGAGACCAGGUUGGAAAUUCACAUGUGAACACUGAAGGACAGAGACCAUUUUUUACAUGAACAAGUGUAAAAAUGACAGUAUGACAUGUCCGUAUCAUUCUUUACUAAGUCAUUCAUUUGAAGGCAUUUUGUAUAUUCUGAGCCUUUCUGACUUAAAUGUUGGUCUUUAAAUGCAGAUUGAUCAGUGUGUUUGUGCAUAGACAGAAUAGCUGUCAUUUUUUUCUGACAAAUUCACCUCACAAUGCAUAAAUACAGUACAGUACAUUUCUGUGCACAAUGCCAUACCAACAUUUUCUUUGUAGAGGACAAGCUGGAACAGAAAAUGGCAAUAUACAGAAUUCAUUCCUUCAUUCUGAAUUCUGUAUUCUUUUAAGGUCUACCAUUUUCAGGGUUGUUAAGGUGUUUGUUUGAUGUGUAAAUUCAGACUGCAUUCUUGAUGUUGAAGGUACAAGCAUACAGAUUCUUUAAUGUACCACUGUGAAGCAAAUUUGUUUUUUUUUUACAUGCAUGCACCUUUACAUUACAAAUGUACCAUUCCAUUUCAGACUCUUAUCAUCAAAUUCUGAAAUUGUAUACUGGCAAUGCUAUAUUUUAUGUAUAUAUUAUAUGCCUUUGAUAGGAGGAUAUUUGUUUGAACACAUUAGAAUUCAGUUAUGUGGGACAUUUAUCCCAUGACACUUGUUUUUACAUGGAUGUCUACAUUCUUAAAUAAUCUGAAUCUCUCCCUAGACUCAUUUUGAAUGAGUAAAAAUCUGACUGAUUUGAUGGCAUUAUUAUAAGAUUAUCAGGUGUUGUUGAUGUUUGUGUGUUCUGUUUGUCUCUUUUUAUGUGUUUAUUGUUCCUUGUAAAAUGUCUUUGAGACUGCAUCCAUAUUGUCAUAUUGUGUUUACUCCUUUGUCUUUUUAGGGUUUGUAACAUUAGUCUAAGCACUUGAGGUAGCCUAAACACAAUGUCGCUGAAGGCUACCAGCAGCAAUUUCUCUAUUUGUUGGGUCCUUCUUAAUGCUAGACAAUUGACAGUGAACUCAAGCCAUAAGUUGGGCAGUUGUGUUUCUUAUCCCACAAAUACCAGAUUACUUUGCUGACACCUGUGUCAUGUUGUCACUGUUAGAUGAACUAAAGAAGCUACCUGUGAUUCCAAACAUUAUCUUUCAUCCGCAUUUCUACACAAAAAAACAUAGGCCUACCUGUUGAAAAUUACCUUAAAAACUCAUUGUAGCAAUGGUCUACCAUGUUGGAGAAAGCAUUUUCCCUGAAAUUGAUGUUUAUUUUCUCUCUCAAAUAGAGACAAAUGUAGCAGCUAUAUUGCGAAGUUUGUUAUUCUUUGGCAUGUUUGUCCAAAGAUUAAACUAUUACUCCACUACCAUUUGCCUAUUCUUGAAUAUAUUGCAUGACCUUGCGGUGUACCUGCACCACCACA